AUGCUCCGCGUGCGACCGGGAAAGAACAGUCGAGAUCAAGCCGAGAUCCCUCAAGUUCGCGUCAUAAUACUCGUUGACAUAGCUUCUUAUAAUGUACGGGACGAAAUAUUGUUAUUGGUAGAGUUUAUUUAUUUAUUCCGCGGAGGAAACAUGUGUAAGUCUAGCACCUUAUGCGGCAGACUAUUCAGUUUGAGUGUAUUCCUGUUGAAUUUGUUGUCCCUUUUAUAAGUUAUGUCUGCUCAAAAUCGUUUAAAAAUAAGUAAUGUAAAUGUGAAAUGUGACCGUAAUUUAUCAAAGGCGAGUAUAAGUAAAGCUCCAUACUUUGAAUGCUUCUUUUUGAUUUUGCAACAGAUCACAGGCAUUUGUUUUUGCUCUUCUUGGAGCCGAGGGAUAAGCGAAAAGAGUUAAGCAGUUAAGCAGGAGCUGUUUGCAAGCAAGAAAAACGGAGAAACCGGGAAAUAAAAGAUCUUGGAAAUGCCGAAACUGGACGAAAUCUUCGCAACAGUUGCAUUCAUUUUCUGUUAUCACUGUUUUAGGGAAACUGUCCACAAGCAAGAUAAACAAAAAAAGACGAAGAAGAGACGAAUCGUAGCGUUUGUGAAUUGGAAAAUGCCUAAACUGGCACAUAUCCUCAAAAGUCUGUAGGCAAGUUUGUAGUUGUUCAUUUCUUUUCAUGUAUAAAACGAACAUGCUAAGUCAAAAUGUAUAAAGAACAUCAGUGAAACACUCGCUGCUGGUUCUUGUGCCACUUUUUUGUUCUUAUCAAACACUGAUGUCAUCUGUGAUCUAUUGCUGAUGAUGAUGGUGAUGAUGAUGGUGAUGAUGGUAAUGAAGAUCGUAUUAGGAAAUAUCGAUGAUGAUAAUGAUAUUGAUGAUGAUGAUAGCGAUGAUACUGAUGGCGAUGAUACUGGUGAUGAUGAUGAUGAUGAUAACGUAACUCUCGCAAUACCAGAGACGAAAAAAAAUCCGAGCAUGGCAUGGAAGAACUUC